UCAUGUGAUGUAUGACGCCGGGGUCAAGGCAAUAUCAAGCACUCGAGAUGACGCGUGAUGUAAUUAACAGCUAAAGAGAAUGUGUUGUUGUCAUAGUUAUCUAGUAGACUAUUUACCUGUAAGACUGUACACUAUAGUGUUUUAAUUCUUUUGAUGUUAAUAUCGUAUGUUAUAUUGGACUAACUGAUUGAUUCUGUAGUUUUAUACAGCUGAUGUAACAAACGAUUAUUCAACAUUGCUAAAUAGACAAACAUGGCUGAACAGGAAGUAUGUACUAUUUGUUUGAAUGACUAUCAACAAGCUGUAGUAAAACUGGACUGUAAUCAUUCUUUCUGCUUCAUCUGUUUAGAAGAUUAUGUGAACAAAACCUCUACUAAUGACCACUUUCCGUGUCCUUUGUGUCGUGUCGAAUCUUCAUUACCAGAGGGUGGAGUGAAGGAACUGAAACCGAAAGUAAACACUAACAUUCCACAAUGUGACGUAUGUAUAAAUAGUUUAUCUAAAUUUAGUUGUAAAGAUUGUCAACAAUAUUUAUGUGACUCUUGUAAAACGACCCAUGGUAAAUUAAAAGGCUGUAAAGAUCAUAUUGUCGUUAGAUACGAGGCAUUGCUGACUUUCAGCACCGAAUCAGGGGCAAACAACUCCGUGACAGAAGACGUGAAAUAUGAAUCCAGUCCACGUGAUGUCUGUCCAAAUCAUCAACAUACGAGUGUAAAAUUUUACUGUAAAGAUUGUUCAAUGGCCGUCUGUUCUGAUUGCUAUGUCAUUGAUCAUAAUGGACACCAAUUCUUAAAUUUACACGAUGACAGAGUAAGAGAAGAAAUCAAUGGAGAAUUAAAAACAUUAAACGAAGAAAUAAAAACCCACAUUGAUCAACUUGAAAACUUCAGUGAAAGUUUAAAUCUGAAGUACAGUGAAGUGAAUGAUUCAGUGAAGACAGAAUGUGACAAGAUAGAUGAACAGGUCGAUAGAAUUUGUAGAGAGGUGAGAGAACUUGGAAACCAGAUGAAACAACAAAUGAAAACAUCCUGUGACGAAGAUGUAUAUGAUGAUGUUGAUGGAAAACUCAAAAAAUUAAUGGAGGAUAUUAAAAGACAAACUGAAGAUUUAAAAGCUAGUGUUAAAUAUUCAGUGAAUGUUUUAGAAGAAUCGUCGAUUGUUCAAGUUUUACAAAGAUUACCUAAAGUUAGACAGGAGAAAGAUGAAAGUUGUUGCAGAAAAUUGGAUAUACCUGAUGUAAGAUAUUCAACAUUUCAAGUAGCAGAGAUAGAUAAAACUUUGUUAAUUAAUCAACUUGGUAAAAUUGUAAGUUGUCAUGAGAAUAUGUUUGAAGAUGUUUUUAAUGUGGAUAUUGUGUCAGGUGGUGGUGUGUAUAACGGUAAACUACAUGUAGUUUCAGGUUUUACAUGGCGUAUUGGUGUGGGUAAAGGAUCAUCAUCAUUACUUGUUAAAUUAUACCUGGAUGACGUAGAAGAUAAAAGUAUUACGUCAUGUGAUGUUGACGUCACAUAUAAAGUUAUAAAUAAAACAGAUGAUAGACAAUCUGUAGUUAAACAAUAUAAUGAGACUGUUAGACCUGGUGGUUAUACCUGUUAUACUGGUCUUAUUAACUGGAAUAGACUCAGUAAUCCUGUCAGUGGAUUUAUUGAUGAUCAUAGAAACUUUACAAUUCAAGUAACAAUUAAUAAAAUAAACGUAAAUAAUUAAAAAACGUAAAUAAUUAGACUAAUGUUAUUCUGAUUAUUCUGUAGAAACUUUACAAUUCAAACAACAAUUAAUAAAAUAACAGGCAUUGAAAGAUGUAAAUAAUUAGACUAAUGUUAUUCUGAUUAAAACUAAUAAUUGAACCUAUA